AUGUCAGAGCCCCCUGCACCCCUUACUGUGUGUUUGGUACAACCCGUCGUAGUCGCGCAAAACAUCGACAAGAACUUAGCACAUAUGACUGACUUGAUCAAUUCAAUGGUUCAUGCCCGUCACAUCGAUUUAAUAGUUCUUCCAGAGAUGUUUAAUUGUGGUUUCACCUCACAACCGACACCUGUAGCAGAGUCUCCUGUUGAUGGGAAGUCUCUGAGAUGGAUGAAAACCAUUUCGAAAGAGAAAAAAGUUGCUGUAGUUGGUUCGAUAGUAGUUGAAGAAAACAUGAAGUAUUACAACCGCCUCUUUUUUGUGACACCGGAGGGUGAUGUCUCGUCAUACGACAAAAAACAUUUAUUCACUAUGGGGGACGAGGCGUUACACUUCACACCAGGCAACCACAAGACUAUUGUCAAUUACAAAGGCUGGAAAAUUAACUUUGCGAUAUGCUACGAUAUACGAUUCCCCGUGUGGUUACGAAAUGAUAAGAAAGACCCGUAUGACAUUUUGAUCGUUGUAGCCGCUUGGAGCAGUGAUAAACGACACCAUUGGAUGUCACUCACAACAGCAAGAGCAAUCGAGAACUCCGCUUAUUUGCUUGCUGCUAAUAAUUGUGGUGUGCUUCCUGAUAGUGUACCUGGUAAACCCGAUUUGGUGUUCACGGGUGACUGCAGGAUUCUCGACCCCUUUGGAAUCCCAAUAAAAGAAGCUUUGCCGGGUGUUGAACAACUGAUUUAUGCUACUCUUGAUUAUGAAGAACUUCAUUUGUGGAGAAAUCAUUUCCCCGUACUCAACGAUGAAGACGACUUUAAGCUGCUUUGA